AUGAAGUUCGCCAUCGUUUUCGCCGCCGUUCUGGCCGUUGCCCUUGCCGCCCCCGCCGACGAACGGGACGCUCAGGUCCUGCGAUACGAGAACGAUAACCUGGGAGUCGAUGGAUACAACUUCCAGUAUGAAACCAGCAACAACAUCAAUCGCGUCGAGUCGGCCCAGCUGAAGAGCUUCGGUGAUGAUGUGUCCGCCCUGGUCGUGCGCGGAUCGUACUCCUACACUGGCCCCGACGGACAGGUCUACACCGUGAACUACGUCGCCGACGAGAACGGAUUCCAGCCGGAGGCACCUCAUCUACCGCGCGCCUAA